CCCUACUCGGCCGAGGAGGCGGCAGCAUGGCGGCGCCCGCGACCCCGCCGCGGCCCGUCACCCACCUGCUUUUUGACAUGGACGGCCUCCUUCUGGACACUGAACGGCUGUAUUCAAUGGUGUUUCAAGAAAUAUGCGAUCGCUAUGGGAAGAAAUACUCCUGGGAUGUGAAGUCCCUGGUCAUGGGUAAAAAGGCGUUGGAUGCCGCGGAGAUUAUAAUACAAGUCCUGCAGCUCCCAAUGUCCAAGGAGGAGCUGGUGGAGGAGAGCCAGAUGAAGCUGAGACAAGUGUUCUCCCAGGCCUCUCUGCUGCCAGGUGUUGAAAAACUGAUCCAUCACCUGCGGAAACACGACAUACCCUGUGCCGUUGCCACCAGCUCGGGGACGGCGUCCUUUGAAGAGAAGACGAGCCAACACAAGGAGUUCUUCAGCCUGUUCCAUCACGUCGUGCUGGGGGAUGACCCAGAAGUGCGGAGUGGCAAGCCGAGCCCUGACAUAUUCCUGGCCUGCGCAAAGAGGUUUUCUCCCACUCCUCCACUGGACAAGUGCCUCGUGUUCGAAGAUGCUCCCAACGGGGUGGAGGCGGCCCUGGCGGCGGGCAUGCAGGUGGUCAUGGUCCCGGAUGCGAACCUGAACCGGGACCUGACCAGGAAUGCCACCAUGCUGCUCAGCUCCCUCCAGGAUUUCCAGCCUGAGCUGUUUGGUCUGCCGCCCUACGAGUGAGCAGCCGGCCGUUCUGUCCUCGGCGUCCACUCCAGGGCCCCCACGGCCAGCGACGAGUGACUCCAGAUUGCUGCCUGCGCCAUCAUUUCAGCUACCUCCCAGGACAUAUUCCCUCCUAGCUCCCAGGCCUCCCGUGAAUUAAUGGGACAUCUGCCUUUUCACCGGGGCGGGGCGGGGGCGGCCUGCUUGCUCUCAAGUGCUCAUAAACCGUAACCUGAUACUUGAAAGAAAAUGAAGCAUAGAGGCAGCCCUAAAGACAGAGAGCAAACUCUCACUACCAUUUGAGUAAUCAGGCUGAUUGGACGUAGGGUGGGUGCAUACAUACACAGAGGUGGGUAUGUAUUUAUAUGUAUGUAUAUAUAUACAUAUAUAUGUACAUAAAUUUUUCUUUUCCAAGACAAACUGAAAAUAUAUUGGCAUUCAUUAGUUUUUUAAACACUGGCUGAAAAAUGGGAGUCCCUGAUCGGCACAAACGGUUAACUGCUCACUCAAGUACUAACCGAAAGGUUGGCAGUUGGAACCCACCUAGAGGCACCUCGGAAGAAAAGUCUGGCAGUCUACUUCUGAAACAUCAGCCACUGAAAGCCCUAUGGAGCCCAGUUCUACCCUGACACACAUGGGGUCACCGUGAGUGGGAGUCAACGCAAUGGCAUGGCAAGUGGUUUGGCUGGAAAAUGUGACAUGUAUACAUAUAUGUAUGUGCACAUACAUAAUAUAUAUGUAUAUUAUAUACUGCCUUACUCUCGUCAUUGUUGAUCUUAAUAUGCAACAAACCAAACCAAACUCAUUGUAGUUGAGUCGAUUCCGAUUCAUAGCGACUCUCUAGGACAGAGUAGAACUGCCCCAUAGGGUGUCCAGGAAGCAACCGGUGGAUCAGAACUGCCGACAUUUUGGUUAAUAGCCGAGCUCUUAACCUCGGCACCACCAGGGCUCCAGCAUACAAUAGCAACUGAUAAAAAGAAGAUGGUUUGAUUCCAUUUGGUUUGUAAUCUGAGUGAGAAAGCCGAGCUAUUGAUCACACCUGAGAACUAAUCCUGCUAAUUAGCAAACUUUAAAAUCCCCCUAAUUAGCAAACUUUAAAAUUCCUUUUGAUCCUUCCAAAUGGGUCUUUAGACUUUUACUGAGAAGCCAGCUCUGAGCCUUGGAAUCAAUGCUUUCCUUAGCGUGGCUGUAAGUGUAGCACGUCUUAUAUCCACACCCUCAUGUACACUUGAGAAUGGUUUCCCCUUACCUCAGCGCGGUCAUCUCCCAGCUUGAAGAACGGUGAUCUCCUAAUACAUUCUUCGGUACAAAUACAAUUUUAUUUUCACAGCACGUACUUGACAAGACAGAACGUCAUGACACAUUUGUGGGAGAAAGUGUUGGACCUUGCAGUUUUGUGGUUAAUCCGUUUUUAUAGAUGUGUUCGGCCUUUGAGAUUUGUCUGUAACGCGUCUGGGCACAAUGGUGAGCCUUUGAAAGGGGGCGGAAGGGUUACUGGACAUUCUGGGUUGGUGUAUCCUUUCGGGUGCCCUCUACCGUUGACUGAUGGUUGCAGGACAGUCACGUCACACAUGGGGUUGCGGGGUGGGGCCCCUGUCCAGUGAGUGUUGCCCCUGGCUCCCGACCAGCUUUGUGUCUGUUCACCAAACGUGUUUCAGUGUCCCCUUCUGCCUAUCUGCAGCCUGCUCUUUGAAUUCUCCAUUGAGCCUGUUAAAACAUCUCACUGCUCCCUCACUAACUUAGUUAAAUGGCAUCUUUGGCACAUGUUCGUGGUUGGUUGUAUGAGAGUCAUGAUUUUACCUUUUUUUUUAAAUUAUCCUCCAACAAAUGUAACAGAUACAUGUGACUUUUUUUUUUUUUUU